UAUUUCACCAGGCAGAGUUCACUCGACUUCAGAGCAAGCGGACAGUAACUUUUUCUUUUCUUUUUAACUCCUAAAGUCUCAGCCACAGAAUGGAAUAGGUUAACAGCGUUGGGUCGGUGUCAUAGAAGAUAGAUCAAACCAGAGGUGUGGAUUGGCAUGUCUUCCUCCAGCCCUGACAGUGAAAGUGAUCCGUGUGGCUCCACAGAGGACUUGACUGGUGCAGGUGGUCAGCCGGACGGAGCUGAGUCUCCCGCUCAGCCCAGCGGAGCUGUCAUGCUGCCCAAAGGCGACACGGAAUCUCUAGGACUCGUUCGAUCGCAUGGAGAACAGGGGCACAUGCCAAGAAAUAUGCAAGCCCCCCACUAUAAAAUGAUGGACUACUCGUAUGAUGAAGACUUGGAUGAGAUGUGUCCGGUUUGUGGAGACAAGGUUUCUGGAUACCAUUAUGGGCUCCUCACAUGUGAAAGCUGCAAGGGCUUCUUCAAGCGCACGGUUCAGAACAACAAACGGUACACAUGCAUAGAAAACCAGACGUGUGCCAUCGACAAGACACAAAGAAAACGCUGCCCUUACUGCCGCUUUCAGAAGUGCCUCACCGUCGGCAUGAAGCUGGAAGCUGUGAGGGCGGACCGCAUGCGCGGCGGCCGCAACAAGUUUGGCCCCAUGUACAAGCGCGACCGGGCCCUCAAGCAGCAGAAGAAAGCGAUGAUCCGCGCCAACGGCCUGAAGAUGGAGUCCAUGACCCAGGUGAUGCAGGCGGUGCCCACCGACCUCACCAUCUCCUCGGCCAUCCAGACCCUCCACCAGGCCGCCUCCAAGGGCCUGCCGCUCAGCCACCACGGCCACCCGCACCACGCCGCCCUGCCCCACACAGACUACGACCGCAGCCCCUUCGUCACGUCGCCCAUCAGCAUGACCAUGCCCCCCCACGCCGGUUCCCUCCAGGGCUACCAGGCGGCCUACGGCCACUUCCAGAGCACCCGCACCAUCAAGUCAGAGUACCCGGACCCGUACACCAGCUCGCCCGAGUCCAUCAUGGGUUACAACCCGUACAUGGACGUGUACCAGACGGGGUCGCCGCCCAGCUUCCCGCACCUCAUCGUGGAGCUGCUGAAGUGCGAGCCUGACGAGCCUCAGGUCCAGACCAAGAUCCUGGCCUACCUGCAGCAGGAGCAGGCCAGCCGGGGGAAACACGACAAACUCAACACGUUCGGCCUAAUGUGCAAGAUGGCCGACCAGACGCUGUUCUCCAUCGUGGAGUGGGCCCGGAGCAGCAUCUUCUUCCGCGAGCUCAAGGUACGUGAGGCAUUGAACACAGACGCCAUGUUGGAUUUGGCACACACACUGUAUAAAUAUGUAUUGUUUUUUCACAUACAGGAAUAUCAUUCAGAGGCCUAAAGUUACAUAGUACACAUAGAAAAACACUAGUCAAACACAUUUAGGUUCAUUUGAUUUAAUCAGAUCCGCUUCAGCUGACAUCCGCAUAGCUGAUGUUUUCACGGUGUUGUUAGGGCUGUUAAAUCCACAAGUGGUUCCCGACAUUAUACCUAAAACGGACAUUGACAUUGGCUGCACAGAGUCACAUUA